UUUUACUGGUUCCGAACUGGUUUUUACUGGUUUUUACCGGUCCAGAUCCUCCACUACAGCCCCGACGAGGGCCCCACGGUCUUCCCGGGCCCUUUCCAGGGGACCCUGAGCUGGAACGGCUCCAAGAACACGCGGGACCUGCAGGACCUGUCGGUGAUGCUGGAGCCGGUGACGCGCGACCACGCCGGGAGCUACGUGUGCCGCCUGCGCCGCAACCUCACCUUCGAGGGCUACACCUACAGCCUGGCCAGGAACCAGACCCUGCGCCUGGCCGUCGUGGAGAAAGGUGGGGGGGACUGGGAGGGCACUGGGAGGGACUGGGAGCAAGUGGGAGCGAGUUGGAGCAAAGCGCAGCAAAGUGGAGGAGAGUGGAAGGAAGUUGGAGCAACAUAG